AUGGCUGCUGUGAUCGGUGACUUCGUAUCCGAUCCCUCCCACUUCCAUAACAUGAUCGCCGCCUCUGGCAUUCAGCACCAACACUCGCACGAUUCACACUACCGAUCUGCCAGUCGUUCAAGAGACGCUACCCAAAGACGCCCUUCUGCGAGCCCUAGAUACACAAACACUCCUCCCUCGCGUCAAAGACGCCCCGACUGGGAUUCCGCUGAACCCCCGGAGAAGCACGCGCCGCCUAGUGCCGGAGCAUCUCGCUUCCCCUCCCCCCCCUCGUCCUCCUCGCCUACUCGAGCGAGGCCUCAGCAUGCCGAGAGCCCCGCAUGCAUGGCCACCGAAUCUCGCGAUACCAGCCAUGCUGCUGCUGUAGCUGCACCUGAGAGCUCUACUCCGGCCGUGCGCCAAGACCAACAGCAGCCCUCCCCUGCCUCCGACGGCGACGCCAUUGCCGCUCCCUCGUACCCCAUGUCCAAUACCUCUUCUCCCCGCCAGCAGCCUCAGGGCCAGACUACGAUUCAUGUGCGCGACUUGGCGCACAUUCAGAGCCUUGCCAAGGCAGAUAUGGUUACGGGCAAUGGGCCAGGGAUACUGAACGAUCCUCCCCUUCAACAGAUGAAGUACGAGAUCAGCGCCAUGCCCAUUGGCGAUAUUAUCGAAAUGGUGGCCGCUCUCCUUACAAAAAUCACCACAACCAACGAUCUGCAACACGAUGCCAUGCAGCGAAACGUGGCGCACCAACAGCAAGCCAGCCAGAAUAACGAGUCAGGCAACGGUACUCCGAUGAGCCCUCUCAGCACCUCGGUCCUUGCUUUCCAUGGCAAGAAUAUCCCUGCCAUCACCAUCCUCAGCUAUCUCUCCCGCAUUCACAAGUACUGCCCCACCACGUACGAAGUCUUUUUGAGUUUAUUAGUAUACUUUGACCGUAUGACGGAACGAGUCAACGCGAUGGUGGUCAAGCACGAGGAGGCCCGACGGCAGUCAACUUCCCAGUCAACCUCGCGUCCGCAGUCUGCAGACGUAGACAUGAGAGACAGUGACGAGACGGACUCGGAUCUCGCCGAUGACGAGGACGUGAACGAAAAGACGGCGACUCCUACCGACGGAGGCAUCGUUCCGCAGCCCACGCCUCCGGGAGCCUCCGGACCGGCGACAUACUUUGUUGUUGACAGCUUUAAUAUCCACCGGCUAAUUAUUGCGGGCGUAACUUGUGCGAGCAAGUUCUUUUCGGACGUAUUCUACACCAACUCUAGAUACGCAAAGGUCGGCGGGCUUCCUUUGGCCGAGCUCAAUCACCUUGAGCUGCAGUUUCUAUUGUUGAACGACUUCCGACUUGCGGUCCCCGUUGAAGACCUGGAGGCGUAUGCAACCAUGUUGGUGGAGUUUUACGCACGGGAAGUGGUAGCACAGCGAUCACGACCUGCUGGUGGCGAUUCUUAG